GGAAAUUCCUUAACAGUUGAAUAGUAUAAAAUUGGCCGCAAAUUCAUAUUUUAUAUCAUUCACUUCGUGUUAUCACUGCAAUACAGAACUACUUUAUUCUUUACGAGACCACAUUUUCAAAAUAUGGCAUUCAAGCUUGUAUUCGCACUUGCCUUCGUCGCCGUAGCCAGCGCUGGUUAUGUACCAGUUGCGCCCGUAUACCACGCCGCACCAGCUGUCGCCGUGCACUCAGCACCUGUGGCCGUUGCUCAAAAGGUCGUAGUGAAAUCGGAGGAAUACGAUCCUCAUCCUGAAUACAAAUUCUCUUAUGGUGUUGAUGACAAACUCACCGGUGAUUCCAAGAGUCAAGUAGAGGAACGUGAUGGUGAUGUGGUUCAUGGUGAAUACUCUCUAAUUGACUCUGAUGGUUACAAACGCACUGUUCAAUACUCUGCUGAUCCCAUCAAUGGUUUUAACGCCGUCGUGAACCGUGAACCUUUUGUUAAAUCUGUUGCACCAGUUGCCCAUUACGCUGCUCCAGUUGCACACUAUGCCGCUCCAGUUGCUCAUUACUCCGCUCCAGUCGCUCACUACUCAGCGCCUACAGUGGUCAAGACCGUUGCUCCCGUAGCUCAUUAUGCUGCCCCAGUGGCUCACUACGCCGCUCCAGCUGCCCAUUACGCAUCAUAUGCCGCACCCACAGUGGUUAAAUAUCAUCACUAAAACCUAUAAAGGCUAUGUAAAAUUACUUAAUAGCGAUUAAAAUCAGUGAUUGUAUAAAUGAUUGUUCUUGUACCUACGAGUAUAUAUAUAAUAUGUACUUAUUUAUGUUGAUGAAACAGUUGAGUUAAUAAAAUUUAUAAUAUCAAUAGAAAUAUACCUAAGUUAUUAAAAAAUUUUUUGGGAUGU